ACUGACCAUCUGCCCGGAGUCGCUGGAAGCACUCGCCGCCUAGCAACAUCUUCCAAAAACUCUGCAAACCCAGGAUGCCCGGUGGAAAAAGAGGGCUGGUGGCACCGCAGAAUACUUUUUUGGAAAAUAUUGUCCGGCGAUCUAGCGAAACAAGCUUUUUACUUGGAAAUGCUCAGAUUGUAGACUGGCCGGUAGUCUACAGCAAUGAUGGAUUUUGCAAGUUGUCAGGAUAUCAUCGAGCUGAAGUAAUGCAGAAAAGCAGCACCUGCAGUUUCAUGUACGGUGACCUAACGGAAAUGAAGACGGUAGACAAGGUCAGACAGACAUUCGACAACUAUGAAUCAAAUUGCUUUGAAGUUCUUCUGUAUCAAAAAAACAGAACUCCACUUUGGUUCUACAUGCAAAUUGCACCGAUAAGAAAUGAAUACGACAAGGUGGUUUUAUUUUUAUGCACUUUCAAAGACAUUACCGUUUUUAAACAACCCAUUGAAGACGAGUCAACAAAAGGGUGGGCAAAGUUUGCUCGACUGACCCGGGCGCUGACAAAUAGUCGAAGUGUUUUGCAACAGUUGGCUCCAAUGAACAAAUCUGAUGGGGUCCAUAAACAUUCACGUCUUGCAGAGGUUCUACAGCUAGGGUCUGACAUCCUUCCUCAAUACAAACAGGAGGCUCCAAAGACUCCACCUCACAUCAUCCUUCACUAUUGCACAUUCAAAACUACCUGGGACUGGAUCAUCCUUAUCUUAACCUUCUACACUGCCAUCAUGGUCCCUUACAACGUGUCCUUCAGAACAAAGCAGAAUAAUAUUGCUUGGCUAGUGCUGGACAGUGUGGUGGAUGUGAUUUUCUUAGUGGAUAUUGUCUUAAACUUUCACACCACUUUUGUGGGCCCUGGAGGGGAAGUUAUAUCUGAUCCUAAACUGAUUAGGAUGAACUACUUAAAAACGUGGUUUAUCAUUGACCUGCUCUCCUGUUUACCAUAUGACAUCAUCAAUGCCUUUGAAAAUGGCAUUAGCAGUUUGUUCAGUUCCCUGAAGGUUGUGCGUCUACUGAGACUUGGCAGGGUUGCCAGGAAGUUAGACCAUUACCUUGAAUAUGGCGCAGCAGUGCUGGUUCUUCUGGUCUGCGUCUUUGGUUUGGUGGCUCACUGGCUCGCCUGCAUCUGGUACAGCAUCGGGGACUACGAAGUAAUCGAUGAAGUCAGCAACCAAAUAAAAACAGACAGCUGGCUCUACCAGCUUGGACUAAGUAUUGGAACACCCUACCAUUUUAAUGCCAGUGGUACUGGACAGUGGGAAGGGGGACCCACAAAGGAUUCACUGUAUAUAUCCUCCCUUUACUUUACCAUGACAAGUCUUACCACCAUAGGAUUUGGCAACAUUGCUCCAACCACGGAUGGAGAGAAGAUAUUUUCUGUGGCCAUGAUGAUGGUUGGCUCUCUUCUUUAUGCAACUAUUUUUGGAAACGUCACCACGAUCUUCCAGCAAAUGUACGCCAACACCAACCGCUACCAUGAAAUGCUAAAUAAUGUGCGGGAUUUUCUCAAGCUUUACCAAGUCCCCAAAGGACUCAGCGAACGCGUUAUGGAUUAUAUUGUGUCUACGUGGUCAAUGUCUAAAGGGAUUGACAUGGAGAAGGUCCUUGCAAUAUGUCCCAAAGACAUGAGAGCUGACAUCUGUGUCCAUCUGAACCGAAAGGUGUUUAAUGAGCAUCCGGCGUUCCGCCUUGCAAGUGAUGGCUGUCUCCGAGCUCUGGCAGUGGAGUUCCAGACUAUACACUGUGCUCCCGGUGACCUCAUCUACCAUGCAGGUGAAAGCGUUGAUGCCCUCUGCUUUGUCGUCUCUGGAUCGCUGGAGGUUAUUCAGGAUGAUGAAGUUAUCGCUAUUCUAGGUACUGUGAUUUUGUAUAUUGGGGCUUUCAAUGUCAUUAUGAGAGUUCUGAAAGAAUGAUGAGAAAGAAAAAUUGUCUUUUGUAAAAAUGAUCAGACUUGGAAUCUAUUGCAAGCACUGUGAACUGAAUAGGCACACCUUUCUGAAGAAGGGGCAUCAGGAUGGCACAGCGGUAGAGCUGCUGCCCUACAGCGCCAGUGAGCCGGGUUCGAUCCUGGCUACGGAUGUUGUCUCUAUGGAGUUUGCAUGCUCUCCCUGUGACCGUGUAGGGUUUCUCUGGAUGCUCCGGUUUCCUCCCACACUCCAAAGUCGCACAAGCUUGUCCGUUAAUUGGCUUUGGGAAAAUUGUAAAUCAUCCCUAGUGUGUAGGAUAGUACUGCUAUACGUGAUCAUCACUGGCCUGCGCAAACCUGGUGUCCUGAAGGGCCUGUUUCCAUGCUGUAUCUCUAAAGUAUAAAGUUUAAAAUAUUGCAUAAUCAUUUUUAUUUUCUGGCUCAUCUUCCUCUCAAAACUCACUAUAGUUUGAUAGCCUUUUCUGCCACUUGAUGAUGGUCUGUAAAGCAAUCAAAAUUAAUGCUGAUAUGUGGGAUUGAGGUAAUUGCAUCUCAAGAUCACAAUUUGUUAUCAUUCCCCCCAGUUGCUUGUGCAUAUAUCAUGAACAUGACGUUCUAUGAUUGUGUU